AUGAGCAAUAGUUGUGAUGCUAAAUUGUGUGAAUGUACACAAACUCAACAAUGUUCCGAUACUUCUGGAAAACAUAUUCCGCACCAAAUGUGUCACUUGGAAGAAUUCCGUCAAUCAGUGAUUCCAGAAAGUCUUGGUAAAGCUCAAGAUAAGUUAAUAAAUAAUUUUGUAAUUUUGAAAAAUUGUGAACAACGUAAUGCUGAUGAAGAAAUAAGAAAUGUUAUCGACGACGUUACAAACAUUGUGCAGGAUUAUAUUGAAGCUGAAGUGUUAAAAAGAAAAACCAUAUUAAGUGAGAUACUAAAAUACAUUAUGAAAAUGCGUUUAAUCUGUGUAUAUUGCCACAAUGCGACUUGCACUACAGUAAAUGGUAAAGAAUUGGCGUUACACAUACUAAAAAAUCACUGUUUUACGACUCCAGAACAUGAAAAUUCUGAAGAGAUUGCUGAAAAAUUAAAAUUAUUUAGAAAAUGUUUAUUAUUUAAAUCAAGAUCAUUUCAAUUCUAAUGAUAAUUAUCCAGUGGCUUUACGUCCACGCAUAUUAUCUCCAGUUCGUAAAGUUAUAGCCAAGCCUGAAAUACAACUUAAUAAGUGGAUAAAUCCGUACAGUGAAGACACGAAAAAGAUGAAUGUUGACCAAUUUCUUCAGACAAAAACGAAACAAAAAUAUGUUGCACAUAAACAAGAUGCUUCUAUAAAUAUUGUGUCAUCAAAUGAUAACUUGCGGCUGACUAUAACCCAAUCUAAAAAAAAGGAAAAUUUCUUGUAA